GAGAGCGCUAGGCGUAGGGGCCAGGGUGCAGCGGCGGGCAGCGCCCCGGGCCGGCAGGACCCGCGUCCCUGGCUCUGUCCUCCGGGCGCACUCCAAGCCUGGGUGUCGUCUGCACUUGGCCGCGGUGUCGGGCUCGGGCGCCAGGCGGGGCAGCGGCACGACCUUUCCGGACCUUUCUUGGGGGGAGCCCCGCUCUCCCCGCCUCUAGCAUCCGCCCGGAGGCCGGGCAGGCGGGCGGGCGGGGCCCCAGCCGAGGCGGUGAGCCGGGGCAGGGAGCUGCAGCUUUUGCUGCGCCAACACUGUGGCCGGAAGCUCCGCUCGCCCCUGGCCUGAUCCAGCCUGAAGAUGACCCCACUGGCCACUGUGAUGUCUGGCCCUCGAGCCAGGCUCUUUGCCUGUUUCCUCAGGCUGGGCACUCAGCAGGCUAGCCCCCUUCAGCUGCACACAGGGGCCAGCCUUGCCGCCAAGAACCACUAUGAAGUGCUGGUGCUGGGUGGGGGCAGCGGUGGGAUCACCAUGGCUGCUCGCAUGAAGAGGAGAGUGGGUGCAGAAAACGUGGCCAUUGUUGAGCCCAGUGAGAGACAUUUCUACCAGCCAAUCUGGACACUGGUGGGGGCUGGUGCCAAGCAGUUAUCCUCAUCUGGCCGUCCCACUGCGAGUGUGAUACCAUCUGGUGUAGAAUGGAUCAAAGCUAGAGUGGUUGAGCUGAACCCAGACAAGAACUGCAUCCACACAGACAAUGGCAAGGAGAUCUCCUACAAAUACCUUAUUAUUGCUCUCGGAAUCCAGCUGGACUAUGAGAAGAUUAAAGGCUUACCUGAAGGUUUUGACCAUCCCAAAAUAGGGUCCAAUUAUUCAGUGAAAACGGUGGAGAAGACAUGGAAAGCUCUGCAGGACUUCAAGGAGGGCAAUGCCAUCUUUACCUUCCCAAAUACCCCUGUAAAGUGUGCUGGAGCCCCCCAGAAGAUCAUGUAUUUGUCAGAAGCCUAUUUCAGGAAGACAGGGAAGCGAUCCAAAGCCAAUAUCAUUUUCAACACUUCCCUCGGAACCAUUUUUGGGGUUAAGAAGUAUGCAGCGGCCCUGCAGGAGAUCAUCCAGGAGAGGAACCUCACCGUUAACUAUAAGCAAAACCUCAUCGAAGUCCGAGCUGAUAGACAAGAAGCUGUUUUUGAGAAUCUGGACAAACCUGGAGAGACCCAAGUGAUUUCAUAUGAAAUGCUUCAUGUGACACCGCCCAUGAGCUCGCCAGAUGUCCUCAAGGCGAGUCCGGUGGCUGAUGCUGCCGGCUGGGUGGACGUAGAUAAAGAAACGCUUCAACACAAGAAAUACCCAAAUGUGUUCGGGAUUGGGGACUGCACUAACCUUCCCACGUCGAAGACCGCUGCUGCAGUAGCUGCCCAGUCGGGAAUACUUGACAGAACAAUUUCUCUGAUUAUGAAGAAUCAAAAACCAGUGAAAAAGUAUGACGGCUACACCUCGUGUCCACUGGUGACUGGCUACAACCGUGUGAUUCUCGCGGAGUUUGACUACAAUGCUCAGCCACUGGAAACCUUCCCCUUUGACCAGAGCAGAGAGCGACUUACCAUGUACGUCAUGAAGGCCGACUUGAUGCCUUUCCUGUACUGGAAUAUGAUGCUGAGGGGUUAUUGGGGAGGACCAGCUUUUCUGAGGAAGGUGUUCCAUCUGGGUAUGAGUUAAGGGGGGCUCAACCCUUGCUCUCCUUGGAUGGCUUCUGAACCCAAAUCACAGUCGCUGAUUGACCAAGAGCAGCACGAAGAACUUAAAACCUAACCCUAUGCAAAGAAUUCACUGCUGGAUCAUGGUGACCAAAUGCCUCCCUUUUCAGUGCCUCUGGAUAGCCACCAUGUGGUCGCCCAGGAUGAGUUCGAUUCUUUGGAGAUAUUCAAAUGAAAGAAUAGAUUUCUAUUUUUUAAAUAAAAGCUUGCCAUUGAUUGAGAUUCUGUGAGACAGUUUGAUCUUGACUAGUGGAAUGACAAGUUACAGCAGUUGGGAGCAGAAGUUGGUGGCGGGAGCUUACCUGUUGCCUCCUGUAAGCGUUCCACUGAUGGCUGGCAUGAUUUCACCAGAGCGUGUUUGGAUUCACAGAAGGUCACUCCAGGGAAAGCAUUAUUUCAAACGGCGUGUGUGACGCCAUGAACACGUGAUGCUUAGAACGCCUCUGCGGGGGCAUGGAGGCUGCUACCCCUUGGCUCUGCCACCACGUUUGUGCCGAGGCCACACCUCCUCCGGGCUAGUGACUGACGUGGUGCUGGCCCACCACUGUAGGAGGUGGGACUCUGCGGGCAGCUGGCUCCAGGAUUACCCAUCAACCUGGCUGGAACAGUCUUACAACUGUGUCAUCAGAGGUUCUCUAUCCCGGACCCUCCUACCUUCCCCUCUUCCUGUCCCAGGUGUCCCACCUGCAUUAUGGUCUGAAAGCCCUCCCCGUCCCUCCCGUUCCUUCUCCUUGAGACUUCUCAGACAUUUCCCCCGCUGAACGUUUUGCAAAUCUUACUGUCUCACGGCCCCCGCUCUUCAGGGAACUUAGGCACACGGAGGAUGAGGGUAGAGGAAUUCUGAUGUGCGUAGUGUGCAUUGGUUUGACUCAGUCCCGAUUUUGGCCAGUAACAAUUUGAAUGAGCUCACAUUGGAAAUAUUGCAGGAAAUCAUUCAUUUAUUUGAAGCUCAGCGGUGGCUUCAAAGUCAUUUUUUCCCAAUCUGUUUAUUUGUAGAAACUUCCAGUUUCAGUUCAGUCUGUUACUGUAAACCUUUGUACAUUUCAUAUUUACUUAUAAACUCCACCAAAAGGAAAUGCAUAGCAGUUUAGGUAAUGCCUUAGAUUUUGCAGCUGUCCUGCGUUCAAACCUAAUAGUUACCUAGUUUAGGCAACAGUGUUACCUAGGACUGCCAAGUCUUUCUGAUUUCCUGGAGUUCUGCGAAUGACUUGAGAAACGCUCAUUCAUUCAUUCAACAGAUAUUUACUGACCACGUGCUACCUGCCAAGUACGUUUCUGGCCCGGGGAGAUUUAGUGUGAACCAGGUGGAGAAUGCUGUGCUCAUACUUUUGUGGUUCAUGUGAUUGUUUCUUCAUCUUUUCCUGGGAUGCCAGGGGGCUUGCUGGUUGAGGUCUUGAUUGGUUUGGAAAGGAGACUUUCUUUGGUGGCACAUGUUCUGGGAGAGAACAACGCACCCACCACUCCAGGAGCUGACCCCUGGCAGUAGGAGCGGAAGGAAGAUGUUUUCUGUGGUAACCACAUAUCUUGUCUGCAAUAUUCCUGUUUAACACCUGUUACCCUGGCAUAACUAUUCAUAGUUGCCCUUUUCAUUCCAGAAUGUCCUGUUUGGACAAUAUACUGACCACUCUUGUGGGUGCACUCACCGCCCCCCACCCCACCCCAGUUCUAGAACAGGAGAGCAAAGCCACAAAAGGUGCUCGUCACCUCAUGUGCAUUCACACGGUGCUUGUGAAGCAGGCAGCGGUGGGAUUAUUCCACCCUGAACUCCGAGUCCCUCCCUGGGAUGGCUGCAGCCUGGCUCCUGGUGGGCUGCCCGUGCCGGCAGGCAUGCGAGAGCAGGGAGAGUUGGGUGCUAUUCACCUCACACGAUCUCCCUCUGCAAGAUCCAAGAGGUCCUGCGAAUAGCCAGCCAUUACUUUCUCCCUGGAUAUGGACAGAAGUGCUGGUGAAGCCGGUUUCUGCAUUUUUAGGGAUGGGCUGGGAUUCUGGGAAUGGCUGAGGAGGCUCUAGGUCAAGUCACUUUGAAAUCCCUCGCAGGGUGGAGCGGAGCCUCCUGGACUGUUCAUGAUCACGCUUUCUGAAUAAACCUCCAAGCAUCAGGGAAUUGCUUUUGGAUUCACAUUAUGCUGGGCACAAUUCAUUGCCAAGGCUGGAAGGAGCAGUAAACACUAUUGGCCAGAAUUCCAGAAAAGCUUGGCCUUUGAAACCUUAUCUCCUUAACCACAACUGUGGGGUUGGCCAAGGGAUGGACCUUCCCUGAGACGGCCUCUAGUUAUUGGGAUCGGGCAGCAGAAAAAGGGGUGAGACCAGGAUAGAGCAAGGGUGGGUGGUUUCUCCAACGGUGGGGCCUCUGGCAGAGUGAGGCUGCAGGUCCCGCCCUGUGGAGAGCUUUGUCUGACUCAGAGGCUGAUGCCUUCAGAAUACGGAAGUGACACCGGGCUACAACUAUUGACUUGAGAAAUCUCUCCUUGGUCCCCUCCCCUUGUCCCUGGAGCUUCUUCCUGGGGACUGAAAUUCCUGCCUUGGCAUUAGCCCUGGGUGAGCUAUGGCUAGGGUGGCAGCUUAGGGACCACUGGGGUACAGGGAGGGAAGUGAGACUUGUCACCAGGGGGAACAUGGUUUCAGAUUUAGAUUUUUUUGCUAUUAAAAACAUUUUUAGUGUUUUUUGCUUAUGUCUAACUUAAAAAAAAAGAUUUAAUUGAUUUAUUUGGGAGAGAGUGGGAGCAAGAGUGAGGGACAGAGGGAGAGGGAGAAGCAGACUCCCCGCUGAGCAGGGAGCCCAGUCCCAGGACCCUGAGAUCAUGACCUGAGCUGAAGGCAGAGGCUUAACCAACUGAGCCACCCAGGCGCCCUCUUAUGUCUGACUUUGGUAGAAAACUUAGAGAAUAGAGAUAAAAAAUAAAAAUUAUUCCAAAUCCAUCCCCCAGUUAUAGUAACUAAUAAGUCUUGGUGUCUUUUUCUCUGUUGACCUAAUAUCAUCACAUAUAAACUUUUUGAAAACAAAAAGAAUCACAUUGCAAGUGCUGUCUGCGUUUUAUACUUCUUAUGUGUUGAAGACCCAGAGGUUGGUUGGAGAGAGGAGUAGAUUGGUGAGUAAUUAAUUAUACGAGGAGCACAGAUCCUUUGUGUUGGCUGAGAGAAUUGCUAAUUAAUUAAUGUAACAAAUAUAUGUCCCAUACCUAGUAGAGAAUUGGGGUAUAGUCAGUCCUAGAUACUUUUCUCACAUAAUCCUACAACAAUCCCACAAACAGAAUUACCAAAGACAUGGAAUAUUUUUCUUUUUGAGGAAGAUAGCUUUUGUAACCCAACGUAUAAGAGUAGCUUCUCUAAUUGUUUUAAUGCACUGGAUAACUCCAGUCUGAUUUUAAAACAAAGUUCCACGUUCAUGCCCUAAGACCACUCUUGGAGCUUUCAUCAGGAUGAACACAUUGUCAUCAUCUCAGGGAAGGAAGGAACAAGAGAAUUGCUUUGGAUAAGCUGAAGCUUUUUGUUUGUUAUUAAUUUAAAGAUUUUAUUUAUUUGAGAGAGAGACAGAGAGAGUAAGUGGUGGGGGGAGGAGCAGAGGGAGAAGCAGACUCCCUACUGAGCAGGGAGCCUGAUGGGGGGCUUGAACCCAGGACCCCGAGAUCACGGCUGGAGCUGAAGGCAGGCGCUAUACCGACUGAGCCUCCCAGGCAUCCCAAGCUGAAGCUUUUUGAAUGGAUUAAUGAAAACCAGGUCUUUCUAGUUAGGUUAACUGCCAAGUAGCUAAGGAGAAUGCUUGUCUCUAUGCAGGAGAAAGUCAAAGUUAAUACUUUGCAACAGAUAGGUAGAAAGAUCACAAAAGACAGUUGAGAAAGAUGGAUGGUGAAAUAUUGGACAGUUUUCUCCCUCAAUAUUGAUUUCUAAAAUUAACUUCCUUGGAGUAGAGCACACUUGGAAAACCCUAAAUUCAGUGAUAGCUUUCCAUAUUUGCAUGCAGUAGAACUGCGACUGUGUCCGUCGGGUACGGUUUGGGGCCCCGUCUAGGCCAAUAGGGGGCAGAAGCUGCAGAAGGGCAGGAACUCCGGUUGCUGCGCUGGUACCUGUUGGCUUCAGACCUUGAAGGACAGCCCGAUGGAACACAGGACUUGGAACCACAGACCUGGGCUCAAGUCUGGGCUCUCCAUUCACUAGCGUCUCAACAUUCAACUCAAGCUUUUGAACCACUGCCUUGCCACCUGUCAAGCUGGUGGUAACAUCUACUUCCUAGAGUUGAGGUAAGCACUCCAUGAAUCAAGGUACAGCUUUCAGCAGUUUGGCACGGAGACUGAAGAUUAUGUUGUCGUUAACUCUGGUAGUUGAACGAAGCACUCAGAAACACGUCUCCUUCGACUAGGAAUUCCUGCCUGCCUGGGAGAACCGGGGUCGUGACAUGCGUCUUCAACAUCCUUGUUCUAACUGGAGGCCAGGUGGAUUCUGUUACUCGAUACUACAUCUCCCUGCCUCCCUUCAGCAGACUUUCAGGGUUGGAAGGUUCCCGGUGUCAGAUUAGCCAACGUGCAGUAGUAGCUGAGAGCACAGAUCUGGACCCAGCCAGGGUCUCACUGGCUCUGGAUCUGGGGGAAACUCUCUGGGCCCUGUUUUCUUGCCUGUAAAAUGGGAAUUGUAGUAGUAUUUACCUUCCUGGGUUAUUGUGAGGACUCUUAGCUAGUGCUCACCAAAUAAUAAGCACGGCUCUCGAUAUAAGUUGUUAAUUGCCUCAAGUCAAUAAAAAAGUGGACUGGC